AUGAAGAAGAUCCUGCGAACUGCUGCCGCCCACGCUAUCGACGGCAGGACCUGGAAAAAGUUUACCAACCUCACCGUCGGCUGGGGCAAGACAGUAUUCCCCCAAUAUGGGCCCGAACAGGAACAACUCAGUGUCCGCUGGGACUAUGAUGGGGAGACUGUGGACUCCGAUGAUACAGUCUACCACAAGUUCCAGCUGCAGCCAAACACAGGGAAAGUACCCACGACAAUCAAGAGGUGGAGGGAGGCAAAUGGGGGCACUCACACCGUCAUGGCUGAUGUGUAUGUGAAGAAGGACGGUACUAAGGAGGAUGUCGAAGAGAGUCUGAAGGCAGCUAUCGAAAAGGUUGAGGGUGUCUAG